AGGAGGCGGAGGAGGGAAGGAAGCUGCAUGCAUGAGACCCACAGACUCUUGCAAGCUGGAUGCCCUCUGUGGAUGAAAGAUGUAUCAUGGAAUGAACCCGAGCAAUGGAGAUGGAUUUCUAGAGCAGCAGCAGCAGCAGCAGCCUCAGUCCCCCCAGAGACUCUUGGCAGUGAUCCUGUGGUUUCAGCUGGCGCUGUGCUUUGGCCCUGCACAGCUCACGGGUGGGUUCGAUGAUCUUCAUGUGUGUGCUGACCCAGGAGUCCCAGAGAAUGGCUUCAGGACUCCCAGCGGAGGGGUUUUCUUUGAAAGCUCUGUAACCCGAUUUCACUGCCAAGACGGAUUCAAGCUGAAGGGCUCUACAAAGAGACUGUGUAUGAAACAUCUUAACGGAACCCUGGGCUGGAUCCCAAGUGACAGACCCAUCUGUGUGCAAGAAGAUUGCCGUAUCCCUCAAAUUGAAGAUGCUGAGAUCCAUAACAAGACGUAUAGGCAUGGAGAUAAGUUAAUCAUCACCUGUCAUGAAGGAUUCAAGAUCCGCUAUCCCGACCUCUACAACAUGGUUUCAUUAUGUCGUGAUGAUGGAACGUGGGAUAACCUGCCCAUCUGUCAAGGCUGUCUGAGACCUCUAGCCUCUUCUAAUGGCUACGUGAACAUCUCUGAGUUCCAGACCUCCUUCCCAGUGGGGACUGUCAUCGCCUAUCGCUGCUUCCCUGGAUUUAAACUCGAGGGGUCUGAGUAUCUCGAGUGCUUGCACAACCUUAUCUGGUCAUCCAGCCCACCCCGGUGCCUUGCUCUGGAAGCCCAAGUUUGUCCACUACCUCCAAUGGUGAGUCACGGAGAUUUCAUCUGCCACCCGCGGCCUUGUGAGCGCUACAACCAUGGAACCGUGGUGGAGUUUUACUGCGAUCCUGGCUACAGCCUCACCAGUGACUACAAGUACAUCACCUGCCAGUACGGAGAGUGGUUCCCUUCCUAUCAAGUCUACUGCAUCAAAUCAGAGCAAACAUGGCCCAGCACCCACGAGACCCUCCUGACCACAUGGAAGAUCGUGGCAUUCACGGCAACCAGUGUGCUGCUGGUGCUGCUGCUUGUCAUCUUGGCCAGGAUGUUCCAGACCAAGUUCAAGGCCCACUUCCCCCCCAGGGGGCCUCCCAGGAGUUCCAGCAGUGACCCUGACUUCGUGGUAGUGGAUGGUGUGCCCGUCAUGCUCCCGUCCUAUGAUGAGGCUGUGAGUGGUGGCUUGAGUGCCUUAGGCCCCGGGUAUCUGGCCUCGGUGGGCCAGGGAUGCCCUAUACCUGUGGACGACCAGAGCCCCCCAGCAUAUCCUGGCUCUGGGGACACGGAUACAGGACCAGGAGAGUCAGAAACCUGUGACAGCACAUCGGGCUCUUCCGAGCUGCUCCAGAGUCUAUAUUCACCUCCCAUGUGCCAAGGGGGCACCCGCCCCACCUCAGACAACCCUGACUCAAUUACUAGCACGGCGGGGGAGGUGGCAUCCACCAGCCCGGGCAUCGACAUUGCAGAUGAGAUCCCUCUAAUGGAAGAAGAUCCCUAACUGGGUGAACGCCUCAAACUUCGACUGCCCCUUGGGGAAAGGAAUCUUCAGCCUUGGAGGGAAAGCCACAGACAGACAGAGCUUGAGGGCAUGAGGGACAUUUUCUAAUCUAUCUACAUGGGGACGGAGAUUCACAUCAUACAUCUCGAACUCAACAGUGAGGCUAACAAACUGCAGGGGCAGUGCUUUUAAAAGACACUCGAGGAUUUGACAAGACCAGUGGGGAAUGGAGCGCAGAGGGCAGACCCCUGUGCUGUCCUGAAGGAGGUGUUGAGUGUGCUCAGUCCUGCGGAACCUGGGGCAGUGCCAUACGCACCCACUGCAUCACACAUCCUGUUGGCCUCUGUUAUGAGUGCUCCCUGCCCCCUCUGAAAGCAUGUCACAUUUUGUAAAUUUGCUUCUCAAAUCUGCUUCAAACUGUUGCUGGACUCCAAAGCUGGACGGGUCAGCCUCUGCAGAAAGUCCAUGUUGAGCUACCAGAAGAGGAGCACACCUCCCCUGUGCCCUCAGUAAGGGACCAACUUCCAACAGAAAGGCUCUCGGAUGACAUUCGGACCAUCUUCCUUCAGCCGGGAAAGCUCUGCUCAGAGCAGGAUGUGGCGGUCCCCAUCAGAAAGGGAAGGAAAGACAAGCAGACUCUACUUUCUGGCCAUUUCUUCAAGGAGGGGAGUUCUCGUACUCUGUGCCACGGAGCAUCAAAGCAUCAGCGUUUGGUGAUGGAGCAUCAGUAUUUGUGUUCGUGGUAUGGCACGUGGGUCCCUGGUGUUGGCUAAGUCGCGUGACUUUACGUAUGAUCAGAAUGUGUUCAAAUACAUCUCAUGGUGGAGAAAGUAACUAAGGUAAUGUUUGGUUUGGGACUUUUAAAAAGACUCCAUCCAACAGUUGACCUGAGUCAUGAGUUUCUUUCUGGGUGACUGUUAUGUUGUUGCCCUUACUCCAAAACUUAGACAUAUUUUUAUUUUCCAAAACAGAAAUUGUUUCUGUAAACAUAUUCUUCCUCCAAAGAAAGUGAAUUCUUUAUUUCUCCACAUUAUUUUGUCCUGCAGAAUCAGGAGGCUCCUCCCAGCCCCAAGACUGCCUUCCUCUCUUGCUUCUGGGGCCUCGAGCUGCCUCUCCUGCCUGCCAUCCCUACAGUCCUGCUGCAGGGGUCUCAACAGUGCCCACUGGGUGUUGUUCCUAUGAAACUGAUUGAUUGAUAUAUAGCAAACAAACAAACAAAAAAAAAUGCCCUGACUCCGAAAGUGUCUCUUCAAAUAUAUGUUGGUUUGUGGAGUUGAUUCCUUUCCUCCUCUGGGUUUUAGACAAAUAUAAACAAAACUCUGAUCCAUAAAAUUGCUGUGCCGACAGAGCAGUGAGGGCUGGAAGCUUGAUCGGGUCUUGGUUUUUUCUUGACACAGACUGAUUAAAAAUUAAGAAGAAAAUGUCA